CUUUUGGAAUAAAGUCUUCUAUGAUGACUCAUUAGAUGUGGAUAAGAACACUUGAGCCAUAUAACUUUACCAUCAAUAGAUCUCUAACAACAUUUACCAGGUGACUCUUUCCUCGGCUAAUAAACGACGCCACUAAUUGCCCCCUUUUGGUAACCGAGACUCUUUCGUUCAGAGGAUGGGAUGCACUCCGGCCCAAACAGUCUACUACUUGAAUCUUUGAGGAGUAUUAGUACCCAACCUAUAAUACUUCAUCUGCGAAAACCAAUCCAUCACACAAUCGAUAUGUGAUAAUGAAGAUCGUGGUGUCCCGUGGUUUCCUCAACUUCCUAUGUUGAGGUAACGGCAAUUAUGGUUCAAUAUUCGAACUAAGCCGACCUCUUCCGAACUGUCCCUUGCUAAACCUUGGUAUCACUUCCAAGACGCUGGGCCCGAUCUCGGCUACAGCUGCAAGUUCAUGCCGCCUCAUGCAGCUUCAUGCGUCUUCGUCAACUUCACGAAUCACUUUACGUGCCACUCACCAUCACAGUCGGGCGGAAUCUGGCAUGGCAAGGCUCACCGCCACGUCAGAUGCUGGCGGGAGGUGCGUCCUGGCUGCGGAUAUCGGAUCUGCCCCUCACUGUACCCCUCCAUCAAAAGAAAUUCCCUCAACAGUUCAAAAAAAGCGUCAAAAAUCCAGCAGCCUUCAGCAUAUUCAGACUCAGCAUCAGUCAAUUCUCUACUCGAAAGCCUUCACUUCACUAUUGCAAGGGCUAUGCCAUCCUCAACUCGAACUCAAACCUGCCGGAAGGCUCAGCCAUGGAAAGCGCAUUGGCCACCCGUUGAAGCGAAGGAGGGGUCGGGCGUAGAGUAUGGUGUCGAGAAGGGUGCUGUGAUUGUGGUUGAUGGAACUUCCGCGAAGGUCAGCCCUGCGAAGAAUGAGGCUGCAGCGGCUUCGUGAAAGCGAGGCUAUUCGGUGAGAGAAAUAGGAAAGUCCAGCUUAUAGAUCAGGGACUGAUAAGGGAAAUCUGCAGAUUAUGGGAAAGACUCAAACGUCGGCAAGAUUGAGGAUUAAGAGAUCGGAGACCUAGCAACGUUUCGAGAUAACGCAGAUGGGGGAGUGGGGGCAGGCUAUUUUGGAAAGCAUAGCAUCUCGUUUGAGUAUUAGAUUUCAGCAUGGAGGCGUAGUAAAUACAUGGCAUCGUGAAACUACUUGAAAGGAUGCCUGGUGAUCUGACGGUGAAUAUAGACCUCCCUCUUCACCAGAUUAUUGCCUCCUCUACCAUCUCACCAAUAUUCUAAAUUCAACACUCUCCCUCCUCAAAUCUGCAUCUGUCGUUCUCGGAUUAUCAAACGAAGCAUGA